AUACAUGUCAAGUGAAUUGUAACCGGUUAUUAUUUUUUUUUGUUGGUUUGCAAUUUGAAUUAAAAUUGGUCAACAAAAAAGAAAAAAAAAUCAAAUGACAAAAUGAUUGAAGAUCAACAAGAAAUCAAUAAUAAUAGCCUAAAUUCACCGAAACAUUCAAACGAAAUAGUAUUAUCAUCAUCAUCAUCAUCAUCAACAUCAUCGACAUCAGCAAACAAUGGAAUUGUUUCGAAUAAUAAUAAAUCUUUAUUUCACAUCGAUUCUAGUCAUCAUCUUGAUGAUGAAACAGUGCUAAACGAUUGGAUUGAAUUAUCUGAUGAAAAUGUUCGAAUAAAAAAGCAAUAUGAAAAACUUCGUUGUGAAUAUAAUGAUCUUGAAUUUCGUUUUGAAUCGGUUAUGACCGAAAAAUCUACACUGAAUCAACUAUUACAACAACAAGCUGAACAAUUAUGGGAUUUGAAAAAAACAUUAAAUAAUUCGAUUGAUUUGAAUGAAUAUGAACGUUUACGGCAAGAUUUGGAACAUUCCAAUGGUGAAUGUAGAGAACUUGUAAUACAGAAUAAAAUUCUUUGUCGAAAUUUAGUUGGAAAAGAAUCAGAAUUACAACGUUUGCAAACGAUUGUUGAUGAGCUUGGCGAACAAAAUACUGUUCUUCGAGAGCAGAUCAUGUUAAAUGGUGAAAAUCGUGAAAUGACCACCAAAUUAUUGUGUGAUAUUGAAUCAAUGCAGACCAAGAUUAGUGAAUAUUUGAUUUCAAUCACUGAUCUAAGUGAUGAAAAUCAAGAAUUACGACGUCUUUUAGAUGAACAAUAUAAUCAUCGUAACCAUGAUCUGAAUAGAAACCUCAAUCAAUCAUCAACAACAUUGACUAGUCAUUGUCCGUCAUACAUAGAAGUGAUGGGUACACCACCACAGCCAUUACGACAGAAUAAUGCUGUUCAAUUUCGAUCUAAUAAUCCAUUGUCCAGCAAUUCACAGAUAAAUAAUUGCGCCAACGAUAAAUUGAGUGUCUAUAACCGGUGUUCAUAUUCAAUUUUGAAUCUCAAUCAAUUACCUCGAUCAUCAUUUGAUUCCAAACAACAACGUUCAUCAUCUUCAAAAGUUGAAACAAUGGCUGAUGUUAUAAUUGAUGAUUUGGGUCAACAAAUGGACCAGAUGAAAUCAGAAAUCGUUCGUUUAGAAAGUGAAAACGAAAAACUUCGAGCUGAGCUUGAACAACGACAACAACUGAUUGAUAGUGAUAAUGAUGACGAUGAAAUGGAUAAACAAAGCGAAUCAACCGAUUAUUCGAAACCACAGCCUAUGGCUUUGAUAACUCAUUCUCCACUAAUCGAAGAUCGAUCGGUACAAACCGAUCCGAUCGCAUUGACGAUAGAAAGUAAAAAAUUUAUUCGAUGUCCAUUGGAUCAUACACAUAAUGGAAUUAACAUUGAUAAUGUUGAACAACAUAAUGGUGCCAAACAAAACCAUCGACGACAUCGAUUUUCAGCACUUGCAUCAUUGGUUAAAUCAAAAUCCAGCCAUCAUCAUCAUUAUCAUUCUAAUCAUUUUCAUCCAAUAAUCAAACAACAAUCUACCAUUAUAAAUUCAUCAACGACACAAAUUUCAUUGAUUAAAUCACGAAAACAGCAACAGCAAAAGAAAAAAAGGAAACGACGAUUAUUUUGUCUAUUUUGAUUUAUCAUCAUCUUCGAAACGAAAUAACAACUUCACGAUGGAUUCAAAAAUUUUAUCAAAUU